CCAUACCUUCCUUCAUUCUUCUUAAAUUUAUAUAUACAGUUUGUCUUCAAGAACUACCAAUUUGUUCUGGCCUUGGCUUUUGUUGUUGAGGAAAUCAACAAGAACUCUGAUAUUUUACCUAACAUGACUCUAGGAUUUGAUGUCUAUAAUGCUGAUUUCAGAGCUUGGUCAACACUUGAGAACCCAUUUAUUUGGCUUUCUGGGCAGUACAAGAUCCCUAAUUACACUUGCAUGAGAGAAAGUAACUCUGUAGCAGCACUCACAGGAAUAUCAGGAAUAACAUCUGCCCAGAUUGGGACACUGCUGGAACUCUACAGGUUUCCACAGCUUACUUUUGGGCCUUUCGAUCAUAUCUUGAGUGAACAAAGCAAGUUUCCUUCUGUCUAUCAGAUGGCCCCAAAGGACACAACACUAGCCAUUGCCAUGGCCUUCUUGAUGAUUCAUUUCAGAUGGAACUGGGUGGGGUUGUUGAUCUCAGUAGAUGAAAGUGGCUUGUGGAUAAUUCCAGAAUUCAAGGAAGAGAUGGCCAAGAACAGAGUCUGUGUCGCCUUUGAGCAUGUGAUUUCAAGCAAUAUGUUUUUCGAAGUAACAAACUAUAUGAAAUUCCAGCACCAGAUAUAUAAAUCAUCAGCAAAUGUAUUUGUCAUUUAUGUUGAUAAUGAAUACCUACUAAACUUAACGCUAUAUUUUGGGCAAUUUUUAAGGACAGGCAAAGUUUGGCUUAUGAAUUCACAGAAUGAUUUACCCCUCAGUAGAAGAUAUUUCUUCUUAGGCUCACCCCACAUCCCUCUCAUGUUUUUACAUCAUCAUUCAGACAUUUCUUGGUUUAAGCAUUAUGUCAGGGAAGUUAAUCCUUCCAAAUACCCAGAAGACUUUUUCCUUGCUAGGUUGUGGUUUCUGUCUUUUAAUUGCUCAUAUUCUGAAUCUGACUGUAUUACAUGGGAGAACUGUCCACAGGAUGCCUCCAUGGAAUGGCUGCCUGGGCACCUUUUUGAAAUGACCAUGACUGAUGAGAGUUACAAUAUAUACAAUGCUGUGUAUGCUGUGGCUCAUGCACUUCACAAGAUGCUUCUUCACCAAACAGAGGGAAAUGGGAAAUGGAUGGUGCCUUCUCCUGCACAGUUGCACCCUUUUCUGAGAAAGAUACAAUUUCAUAAUCCUGCUGGAGACAAAGUGAUUUUGGAUAAGAAAGAGAAAUUAGAAGCAGAAUAUGACAUUGUGAACAAUUGGAAUUUUCCAGAAGGUCUUGAAUUUAAGGUGAAAGUAGGAAUAUUUUCUUCCUAUGCUCCACAUGGUCACCAACUGUUAAUAUCUGAAAAUAUGAUAGAGUGGGCCAUAGGAAGUGUUGAGACUCCUUACUCAGUUUGCAGUGAGAGGUGUGAUUCUGGAUUCAGGAAAUCUGCUCAGGAGGAAAAGGCUGCCUGUUGCUUUGAUUGUGUCCCUUGCCCAGAGAAUGAGAUUUCUAAUGGGACAGAUAUGGAGCAGUGUGUGAAGUGUCCAGAUCAUCUGUAUGCCAACACAGAGAGAAACCAGUGCCUCUUGAGGGCUGAAAGUUUCCUGGCUCAUGGAGAACCCUUGGGCAUGACUCUUGCUUGCAUGUCUCUCUGCUUGUCCAUACUCACUGCUGCUGUUCUUGGGAUUUUUGUGAAACACCAAGACACUCCAAUUGUCAAGGCCAAUAACCGAACUCUCAGCUACAUUCUUCUCAUCUCCCUCAUCUUCUGUUUCCUCUGUUCCUUGCUCUUUAUUGGCCGUCCUGACACAGUCACCUGCAUCAUGCAGCAGGUCACAUUUGGAGUUGUGUUCACUGUGGGUGUUUCUACUGUCUUGGCCAAAACUGUGACUGUAGUUCUGGCAUUCAAGGCCACUUCUCCAGGGAGAAGGAUGAGGUGGAUGCUUGUAUCAGGGGCUCCUAACUUCAUAAUCCCUAUCUGUACUUUGAUCCAAGUGACUCUUUGUGGAAUCUGGUUGGGAUCAUCUCCUCCCUUCGUUGACACAGAUGCACACUCUGAACAUGGCCACAUCAUCAUAUUGUGCAACAAGGGCUCCCUUACUGCCUUCUACUGUGUCCUAGGAUACCUGGGCUCCCUGGCCCUGGCUAGCUUCACUGUGGCAUUUCUGGCCAGGAACUUGCCCAACACCUUCAAUGAAGCCAAGUUCCUGACUUUUAGCAUGCUGGUGUUCUGCAGUGUGUGGCUCACCUUUCUGCCUGUCUACCACAGUGCCAAGGGGAAGGUCAUGGUAGCUGUGGAGGUCUUCUCUAUCUUGGUCUCUAGUGCAGGCCUCCUGGGUUGCAUUUUUGCCCCCAAGUGUUACAUUAUCUUGUUAAAGUCAGAUAGAAAUUCUCGGCAGGUUUUCAAGGAUAAAACACAUAAAUGGAAAAAUAAAGUUUAA